AUGUCUUCAGAUAACCAGUGGUCAGCAGAUGAAGAUGAAGGCCAGUUAUCCCGACUGAUCAGAAAAUCUAGAGACUCCCCGUUUGUCCCUGUAGGGAUAGCAGGCUUUGUGACUGUGGUAUCCUAUGGUCUUUACAAGUUAAAAUACAGAAGAGAUCAGAAAAUGUCCAUUCAUCUUAUUCACAUGAGAGUUGCUGCCCAAGGAUUUGUUGUAGGAGCUGUGACUCUAGGUGUUCUCUACUCUAUGUACAAGGAUUACAUUAGACCUCGAUUCUUCAAUAGGUACAAAAAAUGA